AGUUGGGCUUAGAAAUUCAAGAUCAGUCUGGCCAACAUAUGGAAGCCCUUUAUCCAAAAAUGAAGGACCUGGGGGGGGGGGCAAGAAGUUGUCCCUUUUGUUGAUUUCAAAUCUCCAGAGAUAACCACCCACACACUUACCUGUUUUGUUCUUAGUACCUUGUUCUGGGGACAGCUAGGACACAAUUACUCUGUGGAGGUCCAAGUUGUCAGUUUUCAUCCAGCUCUUAGAGCUUCAUCUUGUGCAAUUAAGUCACCCCGACACUGAACGGGCUCAACUCAGCUGUCCCAUCUGCUCAGCCCAUCUUGAGAAAGCCCUGUACCUGAAAUGGGGGUAAGUCUUUCUACCUUUAAUGCCAAGAAUUCAUUGCAGAGGGGGCCCCAUGAGAUGGAUUCUCUGUGCCCCUUCUCUCUGAUCUCUCUGGAAAACAUUCACACAUCAGGCCCAUAUGGCAGCUGUGCUGAGAGUUGCUGGUACCAAGGUUCAGCUGCGUAGCACCAGGCUCGAUCUGCAAUGAUUGACUGUACAGAGGAGGAACCAUCACAGCCUUACCUCUCCACACUAAGAGUUGAGGGGGAAAGAAAUCACCUGGAAACAAACAAACAAGCCAUUUUGUCUCCAUUUAUCAUGAGACACAGCUGCCCUGUGUUGAGUCAGGUCCUCCAGACUCCAGGGUGACCUUGAACACACCCUGCUGCCUCCAGCUUUCUGCCCCCAAUGCAGAUCUCCAUCUCAAGCUGGAGGCUAUUUUGACUGUGCCACAGUCUCCUCCUACGGUUGAAAAAAACCUGCUCAGGUGAUUCACGUAACUUUGGUGGAUAACCAUAUUUGUUGGUUUAUUAGAAAGGAUGCAAAGGGAGAUUCAGACAAAUAGAUGUAUAGACCAAUCUUAUGGAAGAGCAGAAGAGUGCCCUUGCUGUCUUCAGACACGCCACUCCCCAGAAACCCCCAUACCCUAACUAUCUAGAAACUUACUAGCCCCUGUCAUUGUGUUUUGUUUGGCUAGUCGAUUGACUAGUAAGUUUGUUGGUUUUGUUUUUCUGAAGUAGGGUCUCAUGUAGCCCAGGAUGGCCUCAAACUCCCUACAUAGCCAAGUGCUGGGUGGGAUCUUGGACAUACACCAUCAAAACUGUUGCCAAUAGAACCCUUUCUGUUGGCUUCGCUUCUAACUUAACACAGGAAAUAUGGAGUAAAGCAGAUAUUUGUGAUCCAGCCUUGCCCCCCCCAUGCCAGAUUGAAUCACAGAGCUAAAAAAGACCCAGUCCACUCAUCCUGUGUUGCUCUCUUUUGUGAACAACCUCAAUCCUGAAGAUGCCUACAGCCUACUAACCAUCAGCUCAGCACCAGACAAAAGGCCCAAAGCCAAGGGUGUAGCUCAGUGGUAGAACACUUGUCUCACGUGCACAAGACCUGGUGCUUGUCACCACCACUGAUAACAAGCAUUAUGACAUCAGAGAUUCCAAGGAACUUUCGAAAUUGUGCUUCAGGCCGGGCUUGGUGGCAAAUACCUGAAACCACAGCCCCGGGGAGGCUGAUACGGGAGGGUCUAAGUUGAGAACCAGACUGAGCUAUACAGCCAAGACUGCCAUGAAGCCCGAGAAGCUGAGCUCCAUCCCAGGACUCACAUGAUAGGAAGGACCACUUCCCAAAAACUGUCUUCCAACCCCCACGUCCACGCAGUGGCACACAUUCAUACUCAUUAAACAAGCAAACAAAUGUAAAAACAUUAUUUAAAAUAGAUGUAAUUGUAUUGUUUAUUUUUAAGUGCUCAGCACACAGCAGCAAGAGAUUAUUGUAGAAAUGAUUAAACGGCCAACUGAAUGUAAUCUAGACCUCUUCCAUCAAGUCCUUCCAUCUCCCAGUUUUUGUGUUCUUGUCCUCAAAUCCCAAUCACCUAUCCGCCAUCUAACUGAUGAGAGAAUAUGCCUGGCUAUUUUUUUUUUUUAAGUAAAAUGGAUUUUACUGUAUAAAAAUCUCAUUUAAGCCAAACUUUAAAUCUGAUUGGAUUAAGAAGAGACAGGUGGGGAGUAAGACAGGAAGUGGUAUCACCAAUAAAUACCUCAUGGAGGUGGGUACCACUCUAGAAUUCAGUUGGGGGCCAGAAGAGAGACCAGCAGAGGAGAGGUGAGCACAAUUAAGCAAUAUCUUCUUCACUUCUCAGUUCUUGGCUAGGGACAGAGGCAAGACUUAUAACUCUGCAAGUGUUGUCUGAAGCUAGCCCAUGCCAGGCAGUGUAGGGACACAGGGCCUCUCACUUAAGCAGUCCAAGGUGAAACAGAAACUUUCAACACCCAGCCUGGAGAAAUAAUGGUCUUCAUUCUCUUGAGUCCAACCAGGGCUUGACUGAGUGGAUGAGGCACUGACCAUGGCUCAUCUCUUUAAAGAGAAAAGUAACUGUUAUUUCUGCUUUCGUUGUCUGGAAAGCCCUGUGUACUUGAACUGCGGAUAUAUCUGCUGCCUCCAAUGCCUUGACUCGCUAGAGAAAAGUCCUGAAGGGGAUGGUGUACUGUGCCCCACUUGCUCUGUUGUCUCCUUGAAAGAAGAAAUCAUACAUGCUAAACAGUUAGGGCAUCUGGUCACCAAGAUCAAAGACCUACAGCCACAGCUGAAUCUUAUUCUGAGAAUGAACCUAGGUUUGAAGAUAUUUCAAGUAAGAAUGACCAUGGAUGUGGACACAGCCCAAAACCAUCUCCUCAUCUCUGACGACCUGCUGAGCGUCUACUACACGUCUCAGAAGCAAGACCGAACAGAGUGUGCAGAAAGAUUUCAUCCCUCCCCUUGUGUCCUGGGCUCUUCCCGGUUCACUUCUGGUCGCCAUUACUGGGAGGUAGUGGUGGGCACAAGCAAAGAAUGGGAUAUAGGCAUUUGCAAAGAAUCCAUUGAUCGAAAAAAGACUAUUUAUUUGUCAGAUAAAAGUGGCUUCUGGACUGUGGGUGUGAGAGAAAAGAAGGUCUAUGCUGCCUGCACUGAGCCCUUAACUGAGCUCCUUGUGAACCCUCGGCUGCACAGAGUGGGUAUCUUCCUUGACCUGCUAGAGAAGAGUGUUUCUUUCUGGGACCUUGGUGAUGGCUCCCAUAUCUAUACAUUCCUUGAAAUUCCUGACACAGAUCCAUUUCGCCCAUUCUUUUCACCAGCAACUUCCUAUCCAGAUGAUCAAGAACAAGUCCUCAGUAUCUGUCCUGUGACAAAUCCAGGCAUUUUCAGACGUCCAGUUAACCACCAAUAAGGGAAAUAACCCUUGGAUAUGAAGGCUGUAUGGAAGUUGCUGAGAACUCAUAACCACAGCUUAGAAUUUUUGAGUUCGGUACACCUAGAGUACAAAAGCAUUGCAGAAAUAUAUGGAGGGCUUCAUGAAUGCUAACUAGUUUGUUUUGCUUUGGUUUUUGUUUUUUAAUGUACUUUUAUUUUUAUUUUUUUACACUCCAUAUUUUAUUCCCUCCACCACUCUGUCCUCAAGAGACUAGACGCUGCGGGGAGUUUAGAGGAAAUAGCAUUUUUAAUAUAAAGUAUUAUCAUGAUGGUUUUCUUUGGAAUUUAUGUUUAAAUUUCUGUUCCCAUUCAUAUAUUGUAAAAUUUUACUUUGAAUGCUUUCCUUUUUAGUUGCUAUGACAUUAGUGUAUGGUGUUGUGGAAUAGAUAAACUAAAUUAAAAUUUUA